AUUACCAAUAAUAAAUAGGGCAAAUCUUGAGACAUUCUCACAUUCCCGAGUUCGUAGAUCACUCAUUCUCCUCCCUGCCCAGUCACUCUGCUUCUUGAUCCCGGCCUUCCGUGUCCGGCGCCGACGGGUGGCAGCGGCCUAGAAAUCCUACAGUAUCUCGUGGUUCGGCUGCUUCGCCGGAUUUGUUGCUGAUUACCUCCCGGAGUAGCGACCGCUGCGGGGGACUCAUUCGGCGUAAAUGGGGCUGAUCUGGGGCUCCGAAGAAGGCUACCCGCACCCGGGAAAUUUCAUUCUCGUGUUAUGUUUCGCCUUGGGGUCCUUCCUUGCCCGUUUCUUGCUUGACCGCUUCGUUUACAAGCCUUGCGCUAUGAGAUUGUUAGGUUAUAAAACUGCUCUUAUGAGGACUGGUGCUGCUAAAUGGUCAAAAAUUUUAAAGUGUACUGAGUCGAUGUGGAAGCUGACAUACUAUGCUUCUGUUGAAAUAUGGGUCCUUUCUAUCAUCAAGCAUGAACCUUGGUCAUUGGACACCAAGCAAUACUUCGAAGGGUGGCCAAAACAAGAACUGAAGUCUUCUGUGAUGUUAUUCUACAUGUGUCAAUGUGGAUUUUACGUUUACAGCAUUGUUGCUCUCAUUGCAUGGGAAACUCGCAGAAAAGAUUUCUCAAUAAUGAUGUCUCAUCACAUAGUAACUUCAAUUUUGAUUGGAUUUUCAUAUAUUACCAGGUUUUUCCGUAUUGGGACUAUAAUUCUUGCCCUUCAUGAUGCUAGUGAUGUUUUUUUAGAAGCAGCCAAGUUGUUCAAAUAUUCAGAAAAGGAGUUGGCAGCUAGUGUGUGUUUUGGUUUUUUUGCAAUAUCAUGGUUGUUACUGCGAUUGGUAUACUUUCCCUUCUGGAUCAUCAAGUCCUCCAGCUACGAUAGUAUCAAAGCCUUGUCAUGGAUGGACAAUUUCCCGACAAUGCUAUAUUACAUAUUCAACAUGAUGCUUCUUACCCUGCUUGUCUUUCACAUCUACUGGUGGAAACUUAUAUUUGUAAUGAUAUUAAAACAGCUUGGCAAUAGAGGAAAAGUUGGAGAGGACAUUCGCUCUGAUUCAGAAGGUGAAGAAGACUAAUUUUGAGUUCGGAUUUUGAAGUGAAAGAUGCCAUCCCUAUCCCAACAAAUAUGAUGCAAACAUUUAUAGACACAACUUAUAUAACCCGAGCUCAAGUACUCACGGAUAAGCACCUAAGAACAAAUCAUAGAUGGACGUUUUACUGGUCUUUGAGAGGCAAUCUCAUUUUUUCAAUUUGAAAUGGACAUGAGCUACAUUUUUGCACAACAAAUUCAUUUCUUGACUCACAGGCUCUCGGCCACAUGGUUGAUAUCAAUGGGGUGUUGUUCUGUCAAACAUCUACUCUUUUUCUUUUUUUUUUUUUAUCGAGAAAUAUUCAUCUAGUAAUUGAGUUGUAAAUCAGUGUAUCUUUGGUUUCCUGUCCCCCAUUUUUUAAAUCUCACCGUUACGGUUUCUUGUAAAGGAAGAGUUGGGUCGCACAUCUGCUUCUGGUUGUGUUAAUA